AUGCAUAGAACGUUUACGGCAUCGUUGAUCAGUCUUCUCCCAAAGAAUCUGACCGCUAAAGGGUUUGUGGCCUACCUUCCGAUUAGCCUUUGCAAUGUUAUUUACAAAAUCUUCUCAAAGAUCCUAGCUUCCCGCUUGAGUAAGAUCCUCCCUAGGCUUAUUUCCAUGGAGCAAGGGGAUUUUGUGAAAGGCAGGUCUAUUACAGAGAAUGUUACUAUGGCGCUUGAGGCAAUGCGCAACAUUGACAGGAAAGCUAGAGGCGGCAAUCUCAUUCUCAAGCUUGACCUUGAGAAAGCCUAUGAUAGGGUGGAUUGGGUUUUUCUCAAGAAGGUGAUGAGGCGAUUUGGUUUUAGUGACAGAUAA